AACGCUGAUCUCCCCCGUUGAAGGCCCAUCACUUCUUCCUCUCUCGCGACCGACGCCGACGCAGCAAAUUCAAGCCAGAUUCAAUGCUACCCUUGAGAUGGCUUCAUGUUCAGUAAAUGCCAUUUCUAUGGUGAAGAGAAUGCUACAAGAUAUCACUGUAUCAGUUGAGAAGGAAGUAAUGCUUAAUGAAAUUCAUAUUGCAAACUCUCAAAUUGGAAGCCAAAUUAGUUCAAAUGCAAAUGUAGUAUUGAGAGAUGCUGAAGAAAUUUUAAUUCGUGAUCCUAGUGGCCCAGUAAAAACAAAGGGUCGUCCAAGAGGUGCUAGCAGGUACAAGUCAGAAAUUGAAGAGUCACAAUCGAAAAAGGAUAUAAAACAUCGAAAAUGUGGGAAUUAUCAACAAUUGGGUCACUAUAAGACCGGUUGCCCGAUGUUGGUAGGCAUUAUGAAGAAGGAGCACAUCAAAAUCCAUGGUAGCUGAGAAGUCUCUGUUCGAAGGACUGGUUAGUGCUUAAAGACUGUGUUUUAUCUACUUAGCUUUUUAUAUAGUUGCUUUCCUAUUUCACGCUUGAACUUGUACCUUGUGGGGUUGUAUUGGAGCAUAUAUGGCUUGUGUCUUUAAACUUGCCUGGCACUCCAUUAUAAAUGAAAAUUCAUAUUUCAUUCUGAGUUGUGAUU